AUGGCGCCUUACUUUGGGCUUCGUGGGCCGGCUUUGAGUCGAGCUAUCAUGUGGCUGGUUGUUUGUCCAGCAUUCGUGACAUAUGGAUACAAUCAAGGUGUUACAGGAGGCCUUUUGACCUUGAAGGCAUUCUCAGAGCAAUUUCCUCAGAUGAACACACUUACUACAACGGGCGCUGAAGAACGGUACAACUCUACAAUCCAAGGAACUGUGGUCGCGUUAUAUACAGUUGGGGGAAUGUUUGGUUCCCUGUCAUGCAUUCAAUUAGGAGAUAUCCUUGGUCGCCGGCGAAUCAUCUUUAUCACCACCCUCAUCUCACUCAUCGGAGCGGUCUUGAUGGCCAGCUCUUUCUCUCUCGCUCAAUUUAUCGUGGCUCGAUUGGUUAUCGGAUAUGGCACUGGAGGAUACGUUGCUACCGUGCCUGUCUGGCAGUCAGAAAUCUCCAAGCCCAGCAAGCGCGGCGCGCACGUUGUGACUGAUGGAAUUUUCAUCGGUGCUGGUAUCACCAUUUCCCUCUGGAUCGACUUUGGUUUUUACUUUGUGACGGGUAGCUCCGUCUCAUGGCGGUUUCCCCUCGCCUUCCAGAUCGUUCUUUCCUUGGUUGUCUUAUCUUUUGUUAUGUUUUUCCCCGAGUCCCCUCGUUGGUUGGUGAAGAAAGGACGCGUCGAAGAAGCCAGAGUCAUCCUUGCCGCACUCGCCGACGUGGACGAAAACUCCGAAGAGAUUACCCUCGAAAUCCGUGAUAUCGAAACCUCCCUCGUUCUCUCCGGCUCCGGCUCUUUCAGCAGCUUACUCAAGAUGGGAGAGCAGCGUCUCUUUCACCGUACCGUCCUGGCUGCCUGUGGCCAGAUGUUCCAACAAAUGUGCGGUAUCAACCUGAUCACCUAUUACGCCACCACAAUCUUCCAGCAAUACCUUGGGCUGGAUGCGACACAGUCCCGAAUCCUGGCAGCAUCGAUGUGCCUCACCCAGCCGCUGGGCGGCUUCGUCGCAUACUUCACAAUUGAUCGACUUGGCCGUCGUGUUCUCAUGUUAUGGAGUGCGGCUGGCAUGUCCGUAUCGAUGGCCAUCCUCGCUGGAACAAACUCACUUAGUGACAACAACGCAGCUAUGAUCGCUGCCGUUGUUUUUCUUUUCGUUUUCGAAUUCAUUUUUACGGUCGGAUUUUCCGGAUUGACCUUCUUAUACGCCACCGAGGUAGCCCCCUUGCAGCUUCGAGCUGCCAUCAGCGCCGUCUCUACCACCGCGGUAUGGAUGUUCAAUUUCCUGUUGGCCGAAGUCACGCCUGUAGGCUUCGAUACAAUUUCAUGGCGAUACUACAUCAUCUUCGCCGUGCUCAAUGCCGCGAUCGUGCCGAUUGUUUACUUUUGUUUUCCUGAAACGAAUGGUCGAUCCCUGGAGGAAAUCGACGAGAUUUUCCUUCAGUCAAAGAGCAUUUUCGACCCGCCUCGUAUUGCUCGAGCAUUACCAAAGAUUCACGUUGCUGAUACCCAUGGCGUCGAUGCUGAGAUGGCCAAGGGGAUGGAAAGCGAUGAUACGGGUUCCAAGGAGGCUUCGAAAGCCUAG